AUAUAAGUUCUCACACACUGAAGAAAGCUUCCAAAAGUAGUACAAUGAUGAACAAGAACAUGAAUAGCAGAGAUGCACUUGUUCUUCUACUCUCUGCAUUUGUCUUUCUCACUUGUGGUGGGAAUGCACAGGAUACACUUGUACCAGCAAUCAUGACAUUUGGUGACUCUGCUGUUGAUGUUGGAAACAAUGACUAUCUUCCCACAAUUUACAAGGCUAAUUACCCUCCUUAUGGGAGGGACUUUGUUACACACCAACCUACUGGGAGGUUUUGCAAUGGGAAGUUAGCUACUGAUAUAACUGCUGAAACACUGGGUUUUAAGAGCUUUGCACCUGCAUAUCUUAGUCCACAGGCAUCAGGGAAGAACCUCCUUAUUGGAGCAAACUUUGCUUCAGCUGCUUCUGGUUAUGAUGAAAAGGCUGCUAUGUUGAAUCAUGCAAUUCCAUUGUCUCAACAGUUAGAUUAUUUCAAGGAAUAUCAAAGCAAGCUAGCCAAGGUAGCUGGCAGUAAAAAGGCAGCCUCAAUUGUUAAGGAUGCAUUGUACUUAUUGAGUGCUGGCAGCAGUGACUUUGUACAAAACUAUUACAUCAAUCCUUGGAUCAACAAAGUCAUCACUAUUGAUCAGUAUUCAUCUUACCUGGUGGAUUCAUUCACAACCUUUAUUAAGGGCUUGUAUGGAUUAGGAGCAAGGAAAAUUGGAGUGACUUCACUCCCACCAUUGGGUUGUCUACCUGCUGCAAGGACCUUAUUUGGUUUCCAUGAGAAUGGUUGUGUCUCAAGAUUCAACACUGAUGCCCAAGCAUUUAACAAAAAGAUCAACUCAGCUGCAGCAAAACUCCAAAAACAACAUCCUGGUCUUAAGAUUGUGAUUUUUGAUAUUUACAAGCCUCUCUAUGACCUUGUUCAGACCCCUUCAAAUUUUGGCUUUGCAGAGGCAAGGAGAGGUUGCUGUGGUACAGGGACUGUAGAGACGACAUCCUUGUUGUGCAAUCCAAAAUCAAUAGGAACUUGUUCUAAUGCAACACAAUAUGUGUUUUGGGACAGUGUCCAUCCUUCAGAAGCUGCCAACCAAGUUCUAGCUGAUGCACUGAUUUUACAAGGAAUAGCUCUUAUAGGAUAAGGACUCAUUGUUAUUUAUCUCUGUUAUAACCACAGAUCGUGGAAGUGAUGCCAAAGUUUCCUGUUUUUCUGGACUCUGGAAAGAUCUGUAUUCUAUCUAUUUUUAAGCCUUGUGAAGUUUCAGAUGAACUUGAUUGUAAAACAUUUUAUUAUAUAAAAGAAAGAGUACUGCUUAUUAUUUACAA